AUGCUAUCAGUUAUUAUUAUGUUUGUAACUAUGCUAUUACAAUUUAUUGAAGGGAGUGAGUUCUUACAAAAUAAUUAUAAUUUAAGUUUAAUUAAGGAAGUACCUGAUUAUAAUUUGAUAUGUUUUACUAAAUUGUAUGGCGUAACUUACAGGGACAGAAACAAGGAUAUUAAAUUUAAAGGAUUAUGGUUAAAAGGAUCAAAUGUGCCUAUACCAGUAAUAGUGCUGAUCAAUGAUGAUAUUGAAAUUGAGUAUGACAAAUUUAAAAACAACCUUACUUUAUCAGACGGCAUAGUAUAUGAUAAAAAUAAAGAUUAUUGUAAGAUGCUUGAGGAGUUGACACUAGAACACAAGGAGAAUGAUGAGGUAGUAGGUCUGCGGCAAAAGAAGAACCUUUUGGGUCGGAUGAAAACAAGGAAAUCAAACCAGGACACAUGUAUUGAUAAGAGGUGUUCACAGGAACAUGAAUGUGUACAAAUUGAUAAAGAUUGUACUGAAUGUCAAGUUGAUCCAGAUAUUGGAUACGCAUCUUGUCAGUAUGAUGAGAUAUCAGAGUAUCAUGGAUACCAAUUUCAAUGGUGUAUUGGCAUAUCAAGAGUGAUUGCUUGGUCAGCAAAGAAAUGCCAUCCGCUAAAAGGAAUAAGACAAUGCGCUAGUUGA